AUGUAUUAUGAAAAUUGGGCAGAUUUGGAUAAAAUCACUAAUACCAAGUUGAACUUGCAAGAAUAUGAAGGUGUUUGGAUUAGGUAUUUCUCUCCUCAACUAUCUAAAGGUCGUAAUCAAUCACCAAGAAGUGGCCGUACUCAGAAGCAGAACCAAGACUUGGCUAACAAGAUUGGACCAAAUACUAUAAAUAACAAGAAUAAGGAGGGCAAAUCUAACAGAAAAAAACAAAAUUCUUCUACUUUAAAGAAUUUGAAGAAAGGUUUAAAUGGUAGCGAAACUGGAAAACUUACAUUGUUAGCAGAAAUCAGGUCACUACUAAGAAGGCUUGAGAACUGA